UCGCAGCCGGUUACUAGCGUCUGCGAGGCUGCAGUUCCCGCUGGUGCCGGCACCGCAGAGACCAGAGCUGAGGGUCGACCGCCGUCACAGCGGAAGAGCACGGGAAAGAUGUGGGUUUUUGGUUACGGGUCCCUGAUCUGGAAAGUGGACUUCCCCUAUCAGGACAAGUUGGUUGGAUACAUCACAGGCUACAACAGGCGCUUCUGGCAGGGGAGCACCGACCACCGCGGGGUCCCGGGCAAGCCUGGAAGAGUUGUGACUCUUGUUGAAGAUCCUGGGGGUUGUGUAUGGGGUGUUGCUUACAGACUGCCAGUAGGAAAGGAAGAAGAAGUAAAAGCAUACCUUGACUUCAGAGAGAAAGGAGGCUACAGGACCACAACAGUCAUUUUUUAUCCAAAAGAUCCCACAACAAAACCAUUUAGUGUGUUGCUAUAUAUUGGAACAUGUGAUAAUCCUAAUUAUCUUGGUCCUGCACCUCUGGAAGACAUUGCUGAACAAAUUUUUAAUGCAGCUGGUCCAAGUGGAAAAAAUACAGAAUAUCUUUUUGAACUUGCAAAUUCUAUUAGGAACAUUGUGCCAGAAGAUGCAGAUGAGCAUCUUUUCUCUUUGGAAAAAUUAGUAAAGGAACGUUUAGAAGGAAAACAGAACCUCAAUUGCUUAUAAAGACCUAAUCAUUGACUUUUUCAAACAAGCAGAGCUUUUAGUCUUCAGAAAAUAGGUUCAUGUACACUGGCAAUAUGAUUUGGAAACAUGUUUGUUUACUUGAAGAUCUUAUUUAUUUUUAAUGUUGUAUUAUUCAAGCUAUGAUCAAAUGUGUGGUUUAAUUGCACAUAUCCUAAAACACAUAAAUAUUUAAAAUACUGGGAUAGAGUUAAAGAAAAAUUCAAGUUUUAAUAAUAUAAUGGUUUCCUAGCUAAAUAAUAUUGAACACUUGCUCAUGAGAAGUGAGUUCUUUAGAAAAGUACAAUGAAGGAUGAAGUUCAGAGCUUGGUAUUUUCAGAGUAAAAAUAAUUGUGUCAUUUCAUGUCACAAUUCUAUUUUCAAGUUGUAGAGAAUUAAACCAAAAGAUAAUACCUUCAAUAUAUUUCUGUACAAUAAUUCU